AUGAAUCCAGAGGAAGAUAUAUGCAACAAAAAACGUGGCGUUAAAGACCAAGCUCUGAAACAUUUUCUAUAUCAGAAUAUUUUAAAGAAAAACUUUAUUCUUUUCAAUAUAUUUAAAGGAGGGAAAGAUUCGAACAAUGAAGAUGAUAUAAGUAAUAAUAAAAAUGAUAUAGAGGAUAUGAGUAAUAUAUCUAAAGAUAUAAAUAAUAAUAAUAAUAUUAAUAAUGAUGAUAACAUGAUUAAUAGGGAUAGAAAUAUAAAUGAUACCUCAAAUGAUAUCAAUUAUACUAAUAAUAUGAUUAAUCAAAAUAAUUUAUGUGACAUAAGUAUAUAUAAUAAUAACUGUAAUAUAUAUGAAAAUAAUAAAAAUUAUUUGUUUGAUAAAGAUUAUUCCAAAUUAAUUGAAGACAAUGACGAGGAAGUAUCCUCAUUUUAUAAUGUGCAUAAUAAUAAUAAUGAUGAUAAUGAUGAUAUUAUUUUAAAUGAUGAUAUUAUUUUAAAUGAUGAUAUUAUUUUAAAUAAUGAUGAUGAGGAAUACAUUUUAUUUUUAAAAUAUAUUUAUAAUGAUUUAUUAUGUUUUAUAGAAAGUAAUAAAGAUUAUCAUUUAAAUAAUUCCAAUUAUUCUGACAUGGAAGAUUUAAUUAUUGAUAUUUGUGGUACUAUAUGUCAUAAAGCUUUUAAUAAUAUUAAGACAAUAUUUAACAGCUAUGAUGAUAUAAAAAAAAAAAAAAAAAAAAAAAAAAACACACAAAAUUUAAAUUCUUUAGAUAAUUGUAUGUUAAAUGAAGAAAAUAUAUAUGAUGAAAAAUAUAUAAAUAAUAAAAAUGAAAAGAUACAAAAUAAUAUGUAUAAUCAAAAUAUAUGUGAUAAUAAAUCUAAUGUAAAUUAUUCCUCAUAUUUUUUUAUUCCUCCUUUGGAAUUUAUUGUAUCUCAUCUAAAUAAAUUAAAUAAAAAAAAAAAUACUUAUUCUUAUAAUGAUAUUGAUGAAUUCGUUAAGAAUAAUGGCUAUGAUGAUAAAUAUAAUUUAUUGUCUCAAAAAGAAAAAGGAAAUAAAAGUAAUGCCUCCGAAGAGAUAGAAUUCUACCUUUCAUGUCUUAACCUUCAACACAAAAAGGAAACAAAUGAAAUAAAAAAUAUAAAUAAAAUGGAAAAUGCGAGUAAUACAUGUAUGCAAGAUAAAUCACAUCAAACAAAUCAUACAAGUGAAAAAACAAGAGACCAGAAUAUAUAUACAUCCAUGCAACACACAAAUUUGUUGUCAACUUAUAAAGAAGAUAAAUGUUUUAAAACCAAAUAUUAUACCCUUGAAGAAAAAACUAACAUAUAUAGUGAUAAAGAUGAUAUAAGUUAUAACUCCUUUAAUAAGGAUCAGAAAUGUUUUGAAAAGAAUUAUAACAAUAUAUGUAAUGAAAAAAAUGAAGAAGAACAAACAAAAAAAACUUUAUAUCAAGUGGAUGAAAAUAAACAUUUUAAUUAUUUGUUAUAUAAUAAUAAUAAACACAAAAAUAAAUAUCAAACUGAUAAUCAUAAAGAUAUUUAUGAUCAUUAUGAAAAUGUAUGUCAUUUUAAAUCUUCUGUUUUAACUUCACAAUCAUCUGAGGAAGAUUCUUUAAAAAAUAAACAAAAAACAAAAAGAGAAAUACACAGCGAUAUAUUCUUUUCUUCCUAUCCAAAUGAAAACAAAGAUAAUAUUAAUAUAAAUAUUAAUAUAAACAACACAUAUAAUAAUACAUAUAAUAAUAUAUAUAACAAUACAUAUAAAAAUCAAUAUAAUAAUACAUAUAAUAAUAAUGAUGAUGAAGUUGUAAUUGAAAGUAGAGUUCAAGAUGCUAACCCAAAUGUUAUUUCAGAUUCUAUUCAAGAUGUAAUUCCAUAUGAAGAUCUAAAUGAUAAUUAUUGUCGCUUCAAGAAAACUAUAGAUCAAAAUAAUUGUGUAUAUUAUAAUUUAGAUUAUGUUUAUUAUAAUAAAUCAUUUACAACACAUAAAAAUAUUAAUAUUCCAAAAAAAAAAAAAACUUACAACGAAUUUUAUUAUCUUCAUGAUGAAGAUUGCUUCAAGCAUCAUACAAAUGAUGAUACUUCCUUUUAUAAUAACAACAAGAAAACUAUAUAUAAUGAGAAAUAUAAUUUGUUAGCAAAUGAAGAAAAUCAAAAAGGCAUUCAAUCAAUAAAGGAUGAAUUUUCAGAUAUUUAUUUUUCAUGCAAUUUGGCAAAUGAUAAAAAAAGUGUUAUAAGAAAUGAUGAACUGGUUAAUACACAAGAAGAUAAUAAAUAUAAUAAAAAUAAAAAUAUAAAUAUAAAUAAUAUGGUUAAUAAAUAUGAUGACAAUAAUAAUACGAAUGAGUGUCAUAUGUAUGAUAAACAUGAUCAUAUGGAAAGCUUAAAAAAUCAAAGAGAUACAAUUGAUGUUGAUACAAAUGAUGAUGACACUAAUGAUCCAGGCAUAAGUGAUGAGGAAGCUUAUUAUAUGAAUAAUAGAGGCAUAAAUAUUAGUUAUGAAUAUAUAAAGGAAAACAAAAAUGACAAUAUGAGUGAUCAUAAAGAUGAUAAUGUGAGUGAUAAUAAUUAUAAUGAUGAUAAUGUGAGUGAUCAUAAAGAUGAUAAUGUGAGCAAUCAUAAUGAUGAUAAUAUGAGUGAUAAUAAUGAUGAUAAUAUGAGUGAUAAUAAUGAUGAUAAUGUGAGUGAUAAUAAUUAUAAUGAUGAUGACGAAGAAGAGGAAGACAAACACUCAUCUAAAAUUAACUUUAUGAAUAAUAUAAAUUCGAAAGAUAGUAAUGAUUAUAAAGAAAUUAUAAAUAAUGACAUAUGUAAACUUAAUAAUGUUAAAGAAGAAGACGAAUGCAAUAUCAUAAAAGAAAGUUAUGACAUUCAAAGUGAUGCUGAUAAUAAUAAUAAUAAUAUUAAUGAUGAGCAUAAAAUGUAUAAUCGUCAUAUUUAUAAAGAUAUAAAUGAUAAUGAGGAAGGUUCAAAAAAUAUACUUAAAAUAAAUGAAGAAGAAUAUCAAAAAAAAUUACAAAAAAUAUUAAUAAAAAAAAAAACAAUAUAUGAAAAUCAAGAUCAAAAAAAUUUUAAAAGAAAUGAAAAUCUACAUGAUGAUUAUUAUUAUUUUAAAUAUUUAAAUAAUAAGGAAAAUACAACUGAUCCAUAUCAUUACACAAAAGGUGACAAAAAAACAAAUAUUCAAGUAACUCCAUCUCCCUUCCCUCAAUUUCUUAGAGACAUACAAAUAUAUAAUAUUCCACAGAAAAAAAUACGAUUAAAAAGAACGAGCAUACCUUUGAAGCACGAAGACGAUAAAAAUAAAGAACAAAAAUAUAUUUAUAAUAAAACCAAAAAAAAGGACAGGAAGAAAGAAAGAAGUAUUUCUGUAGUAAGAGAAAAAAACAACGAAUAA